UAUGAAUUGUGACAAAGACAAUGUCAAAAAACUGGUAUUUAUUAACAAGCCAAAUUACAGUAUAAAAAAUCAAUUUGCGUUUUUUUUGCACUCAAGAGUACUUUGGAUAAAAAUCCGUUAUAAAAUACGAAUAAUCAGUCUGACAGAAGACGCGGUGUCAUAAAUUUUUGGUUCACAACAUUUCGAGUUGUUUAAGUUAAGAAAACGGGAAAAUGGGUUCACGUGGCAAAGCACAAUGGCAUACACCCAUAAACGUUAUAAAAAAUAAACAGGAGGUUUGGACUGUUCUUGAAAAUACAGGUUGGAAACCGGAAAAAAUCGACACUGCAAAAACGAUCACGUUUUUCGAUAACCCUAUGAAAAGGCAGCAUCGGAGCGCCGAAUACGACCUGUUUUUCGCAUAUACUAAAGUGUUUCCACUUUGGGAUCCAAGAAAACCCAAGGACAAUUGUCAAUAUCUGCGCGACAUCAGAGAAAACAUUUAUCAGCAGGAAAAAGCCAAACCGGUGCCGGUGCUUACAUCGCUCAACUACGGAUUAACAGCAAGGAGGCUUCUAGAUCAACCGGAGACUUGUUUCAAGAGGAUCCAUGCCACUAGUGAUUUUAAAAGAAGACGCGGAGUGAUGAAAGUGGAAGAGCGAGAACCGCAAUAACAAUAAAUUCU